UUGCUUCGUCCUUCAACACCAUGUCCCGGUUGGUUGUCUUCAUGCAAGGAUCCCUCGACUCAAUACACUCCACUCCACAACGCCUCACUCCAUGGACAUCACCAUGUUUGCAAGUCGGCUUUUUUUCUUCACGGUCGCAUUUUUUCGACUCAUAGAUUAUCUUUACGUUUUCUACUCUUCAGAAUAUUAGUAGAAUCCGAUCGAUUACUAACAUCAGCGCGAGACAAGAGAGGAUGCGUGCCAUUGCAUUUAGCGUCAUGGAACGGACAUUUCGAAGCAAUGAAGAGACUAGUAAGUUGUUUAGUGAAGACUACUUUAAAGCAUUAUUUUCUUACUCUGCAGUUACUUGUGGAAUUCGAUACGGAUAGUGUUGACGCUGUCAAUAAUGCUCAGGAGACUCCCUUACAUCUUGCUGCUCAACACGGACAUGACAAAGUAGUGCGUGUACUUCUAGAGCAUCACGCUGAUCCUCGUCUUCGUAAUGCUCGUUUUGAAACACCUCUUGAUGUCGCAGCUCGAACCGGGCAUGCUGUUGUGUGCAAAAUACUCGUUGGUUUUUGUCCAGAGCUUGCUUUACAAUCUGCUGUUGAUUGCUCAUCUACUGGUGAGAAUGGUCAAAUCCGAGCUCAAGUGGUCUAUCCUCUUCACGCUGCAGCAAGACAUUCACAUAUUCAGUGCCUUCAGAUUUUGCGAUUGGGUGGCUUUGACCUCGACUUCGUCACUGACGAAGGGUCUGCUCUUCAUGUAGCAGCAGUGUUUGGACAAGUUGAAGCAGUCAGAUAUCUAACCGAUGAAGGAAUCAAUCCUCAUAUUCGAGAUAGCAAAGGGCGAACAGCGCUUGAUGUGUUGCGUGAGCACGAAGGAAAUCAAACAUCUGAUCUUACUUAUAUAAUACAGAGUCGCGAAGGAUGGAGUGAAUGUCGAAAGAUUAUUGAUGGCUACAUUCAACGCCUCGAAUCCGAGCACUUCAACUCGUCCAGCGAUUCGGGCAUCGAUCGAAGAGAUUCGGAGCGAAGUAUCGUCGACGAAGACGGUAUACCAUAUUUUUUGAUAGCAUCGUCAACAUCGAGGCCUUCAUUGCAUGAAGUCAAGGAGGAGGCUGUCGAAGGAAAAUCUACCGUACAGGAGAACACCACUAUUAUUACAGUCGGCGAACAAAGUAGUUCGACUACGAAGGCGAUGCCAAUUGUUGAAACGACACUGUGGGAAUUUCGACGGACUGAAAAUGCAAUAAGAUAUGGGGAGGACACAUCUUUAAGAACUACUGCUCCCGAACUUCAUCCGGUUCCUAUUCAUCGCACAUGGAAUAGCCGAAUGUACGAUGUUGGACGUGGUAUUGCUCGAUUUCCCAUAACAUCACCGAUGAACAAAACUCGUCAUCAACAAUCAAAACGUAUCGGGAACACGCUUCCACUAAAAUUUAACGCAAUGAGGACAACAUUAUCGCCACAACGAGGAAGCGUUCUGCCGUCAGACUCACCAUGUUGUAUCUAUCGCAUUCCACCGGUGUAUGACACAAGGCACACAUGGCAUCAAAAGUUGAUACAGAGUGACGGCAUUACACACACAUACAAUCCUGCUUAUCCGUACGACAAUAUACCAAGAAAUCUUAUCGUCUACGAUAACGCCCCCACGCCAGCCGGUGGAGUCACGACUGUGCGUCAACGGUGGGAAAAGCAAACGGAUCGUCAUUUUUGGCAUCUUUCCGCCAAGAACAAACUCAAACCCUUCCGACUUGUGGCAUCUUCACCAGUUACUUUUUCACGUUCCAAUCCUGCUGGUCGAGCACCUCUUGCUAUGCCAGAGGAAUUGACGGGCAGUACAUCUACAAGUAUUCUCAGCUCUAGUGUUACACCCGAACGCGAAUCAACAACUAUUGACAGUCGACUCGGAAGAAACGAUCGCUCAAGCAUGGAGUUUUCCCUGUCAACACUUACAAUUGAUUAUUCUGACGUACCUCCUUCUCCUGACUCUUCUCGGAAAUGUAGUGGUGGAACGAUAACAUCGUCGUGUUCAUUGCCAGUGGUUUCGCGAAUUUCCACCACUCCUUCGUCGGAUACGUCGUUCUAUAAGUUGUAUCAUCAGAAUAGUGGCGAUGAAAGCCCAUCAAGUGUAGUGAAAAUGCGACCUGGUUGGGAUGCAAACACAGGACGACUUUCGCAGAUGGAUUCGAAUAAAGCAAGCGAGUUAAUCAAUGAAAUCGAAGAGUGGAAAAAGAUCGAUGAUAUCCUUUCGUCGUUUGGUGGUGCUGUUUGCCGAGAGUCGGUAUUUGCAGCCAACUACGAAUCGCAGGUGGCCGUAUUUUUGAGGGAUCGUCGUACUCAAGCAUUAACACUACAGCUCACUUCACAACCGUCAGCAAAUCGUCACAGUUGCAAUACUUCGUCUCCAUCAACUUGCAAACCUGAAUCGGAACAAAUCACAGUAAGUCAAUGGCUGUGCACAACAGUGGGCAUUCCAAAUCCAAAAGCUGCGGAAGUUGGUCAGAUUUUAACCCGAGCUGGAUUUGAUAGGCUUACGCAACUGAAAAUUGGUAUAACUCUACCGGGUCAUAUUGCCCGUAUUCUGUAUUCAUUGAUGAAUACCAAGCUUGACGAAAUUCAUCAAAAGAAAGAGGAAUUAAAGAACAAUCGUGAACCUGGAAUUUCGUCCACGUCAAAUAUUCUGACGGAAAUUCCAUGCGAAACAACUAUGUCAUUUGCUGAGAACGACGACACUGAAAAUGGUGAUCCAGCAAAGAUUGACUUACUUCACAGUCAUGCAUCAUUCUUAGCUCAUUACCUGGGUAGCAUGGAAAUCUCCAAUAUCGACGGUACAGAGGAAAGCCGACGAGCGAUGGUAAAACUUAAGAAGGCAAUACGCGUAAUUGCCAAAGUGCCACAGGUCAUCCUGGAAAUAUCGAUCCACGGUGUCCGUAUACUCGACGGAAGAACCGGGCGACUGGCUGUUGAACACGAAAUCUCGCAAAUCCAGAUUGUGUGUCAGGAUGAGAGGGAUCUCAACUGUUUCACCUACAUAUCCCAGGAUGUGGAGAAGAAUUUGUGUCAUGUGUUCUGUGUUCUCACCGCGGAUGUCGCUACGGAGAUCAUCGUCACAUUAGGACAAGCCUUUGAGCUCGCCUACAAACUGCAAAAUGGUCUCAUUAUGGAGGAAGUCGCAAAUGUGUAG